UUCUCGUUCGUAAAAUUUUGUAAACAGAUCGUGAAUCGACCGCGUGAAUCGACCGAAUCCACAAAAACCGUGCAUGCGUGAGAAGAAGCCGGUUUCUAAAUUCAAACAAAAUAUCAUUUUUUUGUUCGAAAUUAAAGUUUAUAGCCAUGUCUCUUCAAGAACAAGCCAAUUCAACUGAAGACGACGAUGAUUGUCGUCUCCCGGCGGACACAUUAUUAGUUCUGCAAGAAUUUCUGCGAGAAAAAGAGCAACGAGAACAAGCAGAACAAUCCUCAGAAUCCUGUGAAAAACACUUCGAGGAGAACUGGCAAUUGAGUCAGUUUUGGUAUAACGAGAGCACAAAACAACGAUUGGCUUCGGUAGUGAAAUAUUUUCGAGAAUCUUUGGCAGCAGAUGGCGAAAGCAUAAAGGUUGCACUGUUAUCCUGCCCAUCCCUCUAUCAACACGUUAAGGAUGUCCACCCAAAUGUGACUCUCUUCGAGUUCGAUGACCGGUUCGCAUCGAUCGGACCGGACUUCCAGCAUUUCGACUACAAUCGCGCCCAGGAAGCAACGUAUUUGGAUGAUUUCCGGGAAUCAUUUGAUGUACUGAUAGCAGAUCCCCCCUUCCUGUCGGAGGAAUGCAUCGAAAAGAUCGGGCUGAUAGUUCGUAAGCUGACCAAACCUGACAACAGCAAAAUCAUUCUUUGCUCAGGUUUUGCGGUCCGAGAUUGGGCCAAAAAAUUUCUUAAUCUGGACAUUUGUAAAUUCGAACCGGAACACGAGCGCAAUCUAGGAAAUCAAUUUUCGUCAUAUGCUAAUUUCGAUUUGGAUCAAAUAUUAGAACAAGUUCACUAAUCCGUUCAA